AUGUCGGAGCCUACUGGACUUAUUGCCAAGAGCGGCAUCGAGCUCCUCACUUUUGGCACGCCAAAUGGCUUCAAGGUCAGCGUCCUCCUUGAGGAGCUCAAGGAGGCCUACGGCAAGGACUUUACCUGGCAAAGCAUCAACAUCAUGAAGAACACACAGAAGGAGCCGUGGUUUACCGCCAUCAGCCCCAACGGCCGCAUCCCCGCCAUUGUCGACCACGACCGCAAUGACUUUGCCGUGUUUGAGGGCCUCUCCAUCCUGACCUACCUCACCCGCCACUACGACCCGGAGCACCGCUUCAGCUUUCCUGUCGACUCGGACGACUACUCGGUUGCAGAGCAGUGGAUGGCGUGGCAGCACGGCGGCCUGGGCCCCAUGCAGGGCCAGGCCAACCUCUUCUUCCUAUUCGCCAAGGAGAAGAUCCCCUAUGGAGCGCAGCGGUACGUCGGCGAGUCGGAGCGCCUCUACGGCGUUCUGGACAAGCGUCUCGAAGGCCGUGACUUUGUUGCCGGUCCCGGCAAGGGCAAGUACAGCAUUGCCGACAUGUCGAUGAUUGGCUGGGUCAGCAUCGCGACGUUGUCUGGCAUCGACCUGAAGCAGUUCCCCAACGUCCAGGCCUGGUACGAGCGGAUCGUCGCCCGUCCUGCUACAGCAAGGGGCUUGGCCAUCCCCUCGGCUUCGAGCUUUAGAAACGAGGCGCUGGCCAAGACUCGUGCCGAGGACCCCGAGGCGAAGAAGAAGGCCGAUGAGAACCAGAAGUUCUUGGACGAUGCCAAGAAGCAGUACGGCUACAAGUACUCUUCCCCCUGA